AUGCAAAAUAAUAAUGGGACUUUAUUAGCAAUCAUGGUAAAUAUAGAAUGAUUGAUUAUAGACAGUAGAGAUCACAUAAGAUGAAAGAGAUUAGAUUUACAUUUAUGAAAAUGAUGAUCCUAGAGAUUUAGGAAUAACAUUUGUAUCAAAACAUGAUCUUCCUGGACGUUUUCUAUUGAAAUUGAUUGAUAGCAUAUCGUAACAUAAAUAAUAAGCAUAACACACUAUAAAUAAUGAAUAGAAAGUGAUCCAUGAUUAGAAAUCAAAUUAUUUCAGAAAUUCUACAAACUCAACUCCUUAUAAAUAGAAUAGUUAGAUUUCAACUCAAAGCUGUUAAAAGAAGAGUCCUUUAAUAAGUAGUAGAUCACAUUGUAGAGAUUUCUCAUAAGAUGGUAUAAUAUUAUGAAUCUAUAUCAUAGUUAGUAAGAUGAUGAGAGAUAAUAGUGCAAGAGAAAUUAAAUAGUUGAAGACUAGAGAUGAAAAUGAGUUGACAUUUACUCCAUAAAUCAAUAAAAAUUCUGAAUAGAUAGUUGUAAAACCUAUGAUACUAUAUUUAUAGAAAUAAAAAAAUUUAGAUAAUAGUGUAGAAUAAAGAUUAAUCAAUUAUGGUAAGAGAAAAGAAAUUAAAUUAUAUGAGUUGAGAAUGCAAAAAUAAUAAUCUUAAAAUUUGUCAAAUAAAUCAUUUACAUAUCAUCCCAAGACUACUUAGAGAUCUCAUGAGAUUUUAAAUGAUAAAAGUGUAAGUAAAAACUACAAGGAUAUUUAUAAUAAAACACCAGAGUAUUAUAAUUAGCAUUAAUCAUUUUUAGUAAUAAUAAUUCUUUUGUAUUAAAUUUACCAUGUGCUGAUUAAAGUGUUGUUUAAUAAGUUUGGAGAGCCUCCUUGAAAAGAUUAUUUAAUAUACUUGAUAAGGAAUAAAAGGGAGAACUGAGUACAGAUUAAGUUGAUUUAUCAUAAAUGAGUUAUGAGAUGUUACAAAUUGUUGCUCCUGUUUUAUUAAUAAUGGAAGAAAGAGGAGGUACUUUUAGAUUUGAUAUUUUUGCCAAAGAAGUCACUAAUUACUGUGUUAAGCACAAAUUUGUUGAAAAUUUAUUUUCAUUACUUUUAUAAUGA